AUGUCCCUUGCGAAUUCAGAUGAGUACGCCAUUUCAGAUACACUUAAUGUGUCGGCCAGGUUGAAGCUCUUCGACAAUGGAAGGCAAAUACAUGCCCUUUGUGUAAAACGUGGUUUCUACCGAUUUGUCGUGUUGACUACAGCUUUGAUGGAUCUGUACAUCAAGUGUGAAAGGCUAGCGAAUGGCCAGAAACUGUUCAAGGAAAUGCCUGAGAGAGACGUGGUCUCAUGGACUUCGCUGAUAGUGGGUCAUGUGCAGCAUCGACAGUACGCCAAGUCGCUAACUCUUUUCUCGCGGAUGAUGCAGGAGGGCGUUAAGCCUAAUUGCCAUUCAUUUUCUGCAACUCUAUCUGGUUGCUCUGGCCUGCAGGCUUUGAGACAAGGACAGCAGAUGCAUGCUCAACUGGUGGCAGCUGGCAUGCUUGCUAAUUCGGUUGUGGAAAACAGUCUUCUGCACUUGUAUGUAAAAUGCUUUGCCAUGGACGCUGCCACAAAGCUGUUCAACAGGAUACCUGAUAGAAGCCUGGUUGCAUGGAAUGAGAUGAUUUCUGCUCAUGUAGAAUGUGGGCUACCAGAAGAGGGCCUGAAACUCAUGCACAGAAUGAACUCCAGCAACGUUAAGCCAGAUGACUUCACCUAUGCUAUAUGCAUCCGUGCGUGCUCCAGACUUACUUCCAUAAAUCAAGGGCAACAGUUCCACGGCAGCAUUAUAAGAAAUGGAUUGGAGUCCGAUUUAGUGAUUAGCAAUGCUCUUGUUGACAUGUACUCCAAGUGUGGCUGCCUCGCCUCUGCAAAGCUGAUAUUUGAUUUAGCUCCUGUAAAAGACACAAUUCUCUGGACUGCGAUGGUUGCUGCAUAUGGCAAAUUUGGGCAGGUAAAAGAAGCUAUAACUAUGUUUGAACAGAUGCAGGAGUUGAAUGCACAACCAGAUGAGAUAACUUACAUUGCUUUGCUUUCUGCAUGCUGUCAUGGAGGGCUUGUCAGGGAAGGCUGGCACUAUUUCAGAUCCAUGUAUCAGAAACAUUCUGUUUCUCCUCAACAAGAGCACUAUGCCUGCAUGGUUGAUCUCCUUUGUAGAAGCAAGCGUGUUCUUGAAGCUUAUGACUUCAUAAAAAGCAUGCCGACAAAACCAGGUGCCACUGUCUGGGGAGCUUUCCUCGGCUACUGUAGCCUUCAUGGUGAUAUAGAGUUAAGCCGGCCGGCAGUUAUCGAGCUCUUCAAGUUAGACCCUCAAAAUCACAGCAAUUAUAUAGCUAUGUCAAAUGUUUAUGCCGCAGCAGGUGCUUGGAAUGAGAUGCUCGAGAUCAGAGGUAGAAUGAAGAAUGAUAAUGUGAAGAAAGAGCCAGGAUGCAGUUGGAUAGAGGUCAAGGGCAGUGUUCAUGCGUUCCUUGCAGCCAAAACAUCUCACCCACAAAUAGGUGAAAUUCUGUUGACUCUCAGUAGUUUAAACAUAUACAUGAAAGGAAACAGAUAUGAAGCAUAUAGAGGAAAGAGUUCCAAAAAUUCAAGACCAGGUUGUUCUGAAUCAGAUACAAUGUAACAC